CGAAGACACAACAAAAUGGAGAUGUAUUUAUCUUGAUGAGCUUUUGCGUUAGAUGUGAUGAGUCGUGAUUCUUAACUCAACCAUGGCAACAUUUACAUGGAUCCUACUGAUGCUGUUUGCUCAACAGACUUACUGUCACUCGACAGGCAAACAUAAAUUGCACCACCAUAAAAAUGCCAAGAAGAGUUUCUUAGCUGAUGCAAUGAAAGAAAUGGAAUACGGCGAAAAUGCUGCAGCAACGACGAAAGAAAGUAUUCAAAAUAACACCAAGGCAGUUGCACCACAAGAAGAUAAAACCCAUAGCAACAAACAAAGACAAAAACACACCAACAAAAAGGUUGUAAAUCAGGAUCAAUUUGUAGCCAGGAUUUUUCCUUCGAAAGUGAUUACUGAUGUGUCCGAGAAGGAACCAGACAAGGCGAAUAAAAAUAAGGAACACGGUGAUGUGACACCAAAGCUUGGUAAGGUUCACUCGAAAUUGCUUUCCACGGGAAAUGAUCAUGAAAUUCUGAAGAACAAGGGCAGCUUCAAAAGCGAUGCUAAAGUGGUUCAAGAUACUGAAUCGCUUUUUCAAAACAGUAGCACGUCUUCUAUCAUUUCACCGUCUUCUUCGCUACAGCAAGUAGUAGUUAGCAGUACGCCUAUUCCUACUGACAAUACUAUAGCUUCUAGUAAUAACUCGAAUUCAGCAUCUGAAGAGAUUGACAUGAGAACAAACAACCAAGGUCGGCAAAAGAAAGAACCCCGGAAAAAUAUCAAAGAUACCAUUCGUCUUCUGCAAGCGUUUGUGGAAAAACUAUUAAAGGAAAAUGAAACAAAUGAAUCUAAUCAGUCAAGUAAACCCAAACCAACAAAGAAGCAGUCAGAAAAGAAAGAUGUUUUGAAGCAAGCACUUCCUAUCCAUGUGCAUCCAGAUGACGGACAACAAUCUACAGUUAUUGCAGGCGUCAAGUACAAUCUUGCUCCUAUUUAUAAGAUAAAGGCUAAAUAUUCAAAAGAUGCUGUCAAUGCGAGUAACAGCAGUAACUCCAACCCUGCACAGCAGCAAGAACAAGAACAGCAGCAAAAACAACAAAACCAAGAACAACAUCAACCAAAGAUACCGUCAGAACAACAACAGCAGCAGCAAGAAAAUCAAAAACAACAGCAAGAAGCUGAGCCGCAGCAACAGCAACAGCAAAAUAAUACACAGAACAAAUUACAGGAAAACAUCGAAAAACUCAAACAAGAAGAAAAUUUACUGCGACAAUCGUUAGCAGAAAAAGAAUUAGAAAUACAGAAACUAAAGUUACAGAAUCCUCCUUCUGAUAACAGUAGCGCUUCUAAUCAAGUGGUAGACACUACAACGCAGACUCCAAAUAUAACUAAUGAAAACAUGAAACAAGAUGAAAGCCAUUCAAACGACGAUCAGAAGGAAAUGAAGUUUGCUUCUCUGAAAGGGGUUCCGCCUGACCUUUUGAUGAAGCUUAAGACGAUUCUUGAAGAAAAAAGGGGAAAAAGCCAAAAUAUUGUUUCCAAGCAGGAAGUUCAUUCAAGGAAAGCGUUCGAAACAGCGCGCAAGCUCGUUAAAGCUGCUCUAGCUAGAGAACAACUUUUUAGAGCUGAGSAAGACUUCUUUGAAAAGGUAAAAGAGAUGAUGAAUAAGACUUCGACGGAAAAUCUCGUAAACGAAAAUGCAGAUGCACAAAAAGAAUCGAAUGUAAAUAACGAAGAAGGAUCUAUUGGAGAUUAUAUCCGACAAAUUGAAGAGCAAAGUCGAUUGGAAGCYAAGGUACGAAGAACGAGUCCCUCCCCACUGCAAGGCAUCGCAUCCAACACAACUACACAAAGUUUGAAUGAUUCAAUAACUGCAAAAGCAGGGCCCCAAGGAAGAAAUUCCUCUCAAGAUGCUGCGUCUUUAGAUUUACAGGCUUCAGCAGCCAGAAUUCUAAAGCAGCUCAACCGUACUAAGGGGCCUGAUGAAAAGAAUGUCGAUGCAGCUGCUCACUUAGAGGAAAAGGUUGCUGAGCAACAAGAUGAAAUGUACGAGAAACUGAUACGACAGACCUUUGGUAAGGGUAUGGGAGGAGAUGACGAAGAUGACGAAGACGACGACGAAGAGGAAGGAGUUACGAGGAAUAUGAGAACAGAAUAUAGACCCGAAGAGGAAAUGGGUCGUCAAGAGAACUAUGGGGACUUUCAGGAUACAGACGAGGACGCGCAAAGCAGGUCUAAUAUUAAAUAUGUGAAGCAAUUUAAUCAGAAUGAAAGUUUGCCUACUAUUGAAGAAGACAGCUUACUUAGUCUCAGAGACAAAAUCAGCCGACCGCCAAAACAGGUCUACCCUUAAAGGAGGACAAAAGUAGUUAAAAUCCGGAAAUAUAAGUACAAAUAUCAUUACGCCCCAUUUUCAUAAUUACGCAACCCAGACAACUAUGAUUGUGUGUUUUCAGUAAAUCAAAUCUCCAAAGGUCUGAGUUAGUAUUUGUUUUUGAUAAAUGGAAGCCAAAAAAUAAACCCAGACGUCGAGGGCAGGGUUGAGCGCAUUAUUAUGUAAAUGGGUGUAGCACUGUAAGACCUCUUUUACUUUUUGUGUAAUGUUUACCAAUUUCAGAGGACGUGACACUCCUGUUACGUUCAUCAGUAUUGUUUCUUGUUUUUACGUUAGCGCUAGGGAAGAUAAUGAAAUAGUAUGUAAUAGUUAUUAGAUCAUUGUAUACAUCGGGAUAGUUAUCUGAUCUACGUUUGUCACGCUCGAGAUCCAAACACGUGGCCACUUUUAAUGUUAGUAUGCGAAUCUUUUUGUACACGAGCUUUUUUUUGCUAUCAAGCUAAGAGUUCUAUGCUUUGURAUUUUUUUUGAGAGCGCUCUGAAUGUUAAUUGUCUAUUGUAAAGAAAA